CGAAGCGGCAGGAGGUUCCGGGAGGCGGACGCGCUUCCGGGGUCGCGUCCGCUGGCGCGCGGGGGAGAUUGUGAACGACGCGGCCGGUACCAUGUUCGUGACCGCCCUCCUCCUCCGCAAUCGCAUUCCUGGCAGCCAGUGGAUCGGGAAGCACCGGCGGCCGCGCGCCGUGUCUUUCCGCGCGAAGCAGAACAUGAUCCGUCGCCUGGAGAUAGAGGCGGAGAACCAUUACUGGCUGAGCAUGCCCUACCUCACCGCGGAGCAGGAGUACGGCCACGCCGCGGGGCGCCGGGCGGCGGCCUUCGAGGCCAUCAAGGCGGCCAGCGUGUCCAAGUUCCCCCCCCACAGAUUUGUGGGAGACCAGCUGGACCAUCUCAAUGUCACCAAGAAGUGGUCCUAGCCCAGAGCCACCGCCUUGGAGCUGGACGGGUCGCGGGGCCGCCAUCUCUGUGACCCGGUUCUGGAACUGAAAAGCUAACCUCGAGAGAGAAAAUGAACCUUUGGACCGGAGUGGUCUGCAUGUAGAAUAUCUGGGGCUCCCAAUUCUUUACUACUUGAGAGUCUGAUCUCUGUCGCAUUGUUUCCUUUUUCUUCAUCCUCAUAGGAAGAUACAGAUUUCCUGGGUCACAGAGGAUAUGAAAUGUAUUUUGGGUGGAAGCUUCAAAAAAAAAAACCUAUGAGCUAUGGUUUGGAAUCUGUGCCUCAGUAUGAAGAUAGUUGAUGGGGGCUUUAUAAAAUGUAAAUUAGUUCGCUUACCUUCUGUGGAAACAUCGCCUAAACAUAAAUGAAAAAGUGAAAUAAAUGAAAAUCUGAAAAAGUUCAGUUGAACAUACUCUCAAAAACAGCAUUUUCUUCUGGGAUGCUGCUGAAAGUAGACAUUUACAUUUUUUUUUUUUUAAUGUUUGUUUAUUUUUGAGAGACUGAGUGUGAGCAGGGGAGGGGCAGAGAGAAGGGGAGACAGAAUCCGAAGCAGGUGCCAGGUUCUGAGCUGUCGGCAUAGAGCCCGACAGGGGGCUUGAACUUACCAGAUCAUGACCUGAGUCAAAGUCAGUCGCUUAACCGGUGGAGCCACGCAAGGCGCCCCUGAAAGUAGACGUUUAGAUAAAGUAAAAGGUAUUCAUCAGAACUGCGACGUGAAGUUGUAUUUUAACAACCUAUUUCUGGGAUACAAUUGACAUUACAGGCCACCAGUUGAAGAUGUUUGUCUCUUCGGAUACCCUUUUUCAGUAUACAAUACUGUAUUCUACUGUAUAAUACCCUUUACAUGUAUUACCCAAUCGUAUGAUAUAUGAUAUUAUGAAUCGUAUGCUAUAAAGGGCUUGACUGUUGUAUACCCUGUAUAUUUUACAUGUGAAGAAAACUCGUCCAAAAUCCGUUCCCAGUAAUGAAUGUGACUUGGGUUUCAAUUUCUGUAUAAUCUCGAUAUCUCAACUGCUGUGUUUAUAUUUGACAACAUUUUCAAAAUACGGAAGAAAAAGAAUUCAGUCCCAUUGCCCAGAGAUUAAAUAAUCAUCUUUUGUAUAUA